AUGGGAAGCAAAGAAGCACCGAACUGGGCAGAUCAAUGGGGCAGCUAUGACAGGGAAGAUAGAUACGACGAUGGGCUAUCGUCGAGCAAGAAAGACAAUGGCAACGGCAAUGGGAAGAUGGCAGAUGUCAAAGCAGCAGCAUCGGCUGGACUGGACAAGGCUAAGUCAGCAGCUUCUGUUGGGGCUUCUAAGAUGAAGAGUGGGACUUCGGUAGGGAUCAAAUGGGUCAAGACACAGUGCAGCAAGAAGUUCUCUUCCUCUUAG